AUGGCCUCCCAGCCACCCUGCGUCCCCGGCUCCCCGGGAGCCCCGGACAAGGGCAAGAAGACAGGGUCGCAUCUGUGUACGGAGCAGCCGCCUUUGGUCCCCUCGGGCGACAUUGAGCAGCCGCCCCACAAGCUGCCCUACGCGGCCCUGGUCAGGGGCUAUGGCCGCUUCAAUCUGUCGAUUGUGGACACACGCCAGGUGCCGCUGCUGCCCCUCUUAGACCCCCUGAAGGUGGGCAAGGGCCCACUGCCACCCAAGAAGCACCCGAUGCCUGAGAAGAAGUUCUGGGGCAGCCAGGAAUCCCUUUCCAAGAUCCCAUUUCAAAUCAUGAAGGGACACAGGCACAUUGUGAGUUCCUGUCACUUCUGUGUGGAUGACACAAAGCUCCUCAGUGGCUCCUAUGACUGCACUGUGAAGCUGUGGGACGCCGUGGACGGCACAGUCAUUCGGGACUUUGAGCCCAGGCCCAGUGCUCCUGUUUCAGAGUGCAGCGUGACGGCUGACAGCAAAAGAAUGAUUGCAGCGUCCUAUGACAAAACAGUGAGGGCCUGGGACCUCGAGACAGGCAAGCUGCUGUGGAAGACCAGUCAUGAAACCUUCAUUGCCUCCUGUAAGUUUUCUCCUGAUGGUAAAUACGUGGUCUCAGCCUUGGACUUGGAUCGCGGAAUCUGUAUAACAGAUGCGGAAAAUGCCACCACUGUGUCACACAUCAAAAGUCAUCACAGCCGCUCCCUCACGGCUUGCUGCUUUGACCCCGGCAGCCAGAAGGUGGCUUCCGUCUCACUGGACAAAAGCAUCAAGAUCUGGGAUAUUACAUCCCAGGCCACGCUGCUCACCAUCACCAAGGCGCAUUCCAGUGCGAUCUCCAACUGCUGUUUUACCUCCAGUGGCCAUUUCCUGUGUACAAGCUCUUGGGAUAAAACCUUAAAAAUAUGGAAUGUCCAUACAGGGGAGUUUCGAAACAGUGGAGCCUGUGUGACUCUGACGCAGGGCCAUGAAGGUUCUGUGAGCUCCUGCCGCUUUGCCAGAGACACCUCUUUUCUCGUGUCUGGAGGGUUCGACAGGACUGUGGCUAUCUGGGACGUGGGAGAAGGCUACCGGAAGCUCUCCUUGAAGGGCCAUAGUGACUGGGUGACAGACGUUGCCAUUAGCAACAACAAGAAAUGGGUCCUGUCUGCUUCGAAGGACAGGACCAUGAGACUGUGGAAUAUUGAAGAAAUUGACAAAAUUCCUUUGGUCAUCAAGUACAAAAAGGCCCUGGGCUCAAAGGUGAAACAGUGUGAAGUAUGUGACAGGCCUUUCUCCAUCUACGAAAGUGACAUCUUUUCUGAAACACUCACCAAAUGCGUGUUCUGCCGGAUGGGUGCAAAAGACUUGUGGGCAGAGGCCUCCUCGUCAUCCAGAGGCGAAGACUCCCUGGCGAGGGAGUGCAGCCCAGCCACAGAAGGCUGACAGCCACUGGGCCUGUUGACUGACUUGAGCGCAGUCACUAGUCAUGCAGGUCUGGGGGCUCUGCAGGGAUCUUUCUCAAAGGCCCCUUCCUGGCCAGGUAGGCAUAGGGGCAGGGCCCCCAGUGUGGAAUGGGGGAUCAUACCCUUUGUUUUUAGUUUUCAUGACGAAUAAAUCUAGAUUCCUUUAGAAAACAAG